AUGAAAUCUCGUCUAUGUGAUCUCAGGCUUUACAAAUUUGAUGUGCCUUAUGAGUCUGAUGUCGGCGUUAUAGUCAGUUAUGGAGGUUGGCACACCAGUCAACGGUUUCAAUUGUCCCGAUACACCGGACGAGGAGGACGAAGAAGAGGUUCGAAAGCAGGAUUGUCCAAAUCAUUCGUAGAUUUGGUCGGUUGGUCCUUGGCGAUGCGCAAGGAUUCCAACCUAACAAAUCAGACCUUCGACUACAUUGUCUCCAAUUUCUGUUUCAAGGAUCUUGAGGUGGUACCUCCCAUCGUUUGGUCAAGAUUAUAUGCGACAAACAGAGUUGUACCAAUUGCUCCACCGACGACAGAGAUCGUAGAUGGUUACCAAAGCUCGGAAUCGUGUCGUCUCUGCGAAAAAGGGUAUCCGAAAGAAGAUGAGAUUGUUCACAAAACAAGAUGCAAUCACAUCUUUCACGGAACUUGUAUCUCUCGUUACUUGUUGCACACUCCUCAAUGUCCUGUUUGCUCCGCUCACUUGCCACCUGUCGACAUCCGAACUCUCCUCUUCUCCUGA